AUGGAGCGAAAUAUACCUCUUCAUAUAGAAAGGCUUGUAUAUGAAUUAGAGCAUUCUAAAGAAGUCGAAGAAACCUUACUAAGUGCCACAAAUUUGCUAGGAAAAGAUGUAACACUCCUUCAAAUUUAUACUCAGCUGGGUUUUUGUAUAGAAACAAAUAAAUUCCUAAGAUCUCCGACCCUGAAUCAAGCAUUAUCAUUAAUUUCUCAAGAAUAUGGCCUUCCCUACCACCAGACUUCUAUUGAUAGCUUCCUUGCUAAUACGCCUUCAAAGGUAAGUGAUGCUGAUUCAGACUUGCGCCGAGAAAUGCUGCGAACUUUCUAUGAACAAGGAAUUAACGAAAUUGCAUCAGGAUCAGAAUUAGGGCUAGAGCCUUCAGCAGAGCCACCAUUAGCAAGCGCAUGGGACUGUUUCAGUGUUUUGCCUAAGCAAAUACAAUUUUCAACCCCAAAACCAAGAAGACUUCACCAUAGCCCAAGCACACAGGCAACUAAAUUUUUUACCCCAUCUUCAGUAAACUCAACGCCUUAUUCCGAGUGCGGAUCCGAAUUUGAGACUCCAAAAUCUACUAAAGGACUUAGAUAUUUAACGACACUGGUAAGACAACUUGUAUGUAAACAUCAGCCGACUUCUUUUAAAGAUGUGGCUUUAAAAUUAAUUGAUGAGCUAAUUGACACUGAAGGGGUUGAUAGAAUAAAAGAAGAGAAAAAUAUGCAGAAAUUAUAUAAAUAAUUAAAAAAAUUAUAACAAAAAAAAAUAUCUAUGCUAGAGGAAAUAGGAUUAUAAGAAGAAGGGUUUAUGAUGCUAUAAAUGUCCUUAUAGCUGCAGGAGUUUUAGAGCGCGACGAAAAAAAUGUUCGAUGAAAAGCAGAAUUUAAUGUUGGGGAAUUAGUGGAAAAAAGAGAAUUUUUAGAAAAAAGAAAGCGAGAAGUUGACGCAAAAAGACUUGAAUUCAAAGAAAUUUUGAAUAAAUAUUUAGCGAUACAGAAUUUGAUCAAUAGAAACACAAUCAAUCCGAAAGGAGAGCCUGCCCUUCAAUUUCCUUUUUUAUUGGUAUCCACAUCAGAUUCACCUACAAAUUCUAUGUCAAUUAAAGUAAAUUCUUCAGCGACUGCGCUUGAGUUAAAAUUUGGCGAAGCGAUCACGAUGUUUGGGGAUAUGGAUGUCUUGAUUUCUCUAAAAAUGCAUAAGAUCAAGCCUUCAUUGCUGCGGCACUUUCUGCCUAGCAGAGAAUUAUUGAAUUAUUGCACACCUUAUUUUCCUUAA